AUAUUACUGUAAACCAAAUCACUAACAAUGGGUAGAGUCAUUCGUAACCAAAGAAAAGGUGCUGGUUCAAUCUUUACCGCCCACACCAAGGGUAGAAAAGGUGCCGCCAAAUUAAGAACCUUGGACUACGCUGAACGCCACGGAUACAUUCGUGGUGUCGUCAAGCAAAUUAUCCACGACCCUGGUAGAGGUGCUCCAUUGGCCAAAGUGGCCUUCAGAGACCCUUACAAGUACAAGUUGAGAGAAGAAACCUUCAUCGCAAACGAAGGUGUGUACACUGGACAAUUCAUCUACGCCGGUAAGAAGGCCUCUUUAAACGUCGGUAACAUAUUACCUUUAGGUUCUAUGCCUGAAGGUACCAUUGUCUCCAACGUGGAAGAAAAGGUGGGUGACAGAGGUGCUUUAGGUAGAACUUCUGGUAACUACGUUAUCAUUAUCGGACACAAUGCAGAUGAAGGUAAGACCAGAGUCAAGUUACCAUCUGGUGCUAAAAAGGUGUUGAACUCCGAUGCCAGAGGUGUUAUUGGUGUUGUUGCUGGAGGAGGAAGAAUCGAUAAGCCAUUAUUGAAGGCUGGUAGAGCUUUCCACAAAUAUAAGGUCAAGAGAAACUCGUGGCCAAAGACCAGAGGUGUGGCCAUGAACCCAGUUGAUCACCCUCAUGGUGGUGGUAACCAUCAACAUAUUGGUAAAGCAUCUACUAUUUCUAGAGGAGCAGUUCCUGGUCAAAAGGCCGGUUUGAUUGCUGCCAGAAGAACCGGUUUAUUACGUGGUUCUCAAAAGACUCAAGAUUAGAUAGUGCAUUAAUAAACGAUUAGUAAGAGAGUAAAGAAACAUGAGAAGACUCACACCUGGUGAUGCUCUUUAGUUGCAGAUGCCAAAAUGCCGUACCUGUAUGGGGUUUCGCGACCUUAAUUCCAAUUUGGGUGGAUCCAAUCCCAGAUUCAUUUGCCACUAAAGUAGGCUCAUUUCAUACUCUGUAGACGCAUAUGCCCUCACAUACACUCAUAUACCCACGCGCGUAUACCCAUACGUACUCCUGACGCAUCCAAUCACUCGCACCACCCAGCUGUUGUUUGACCUGCUUUCGGGCACCUCAUCUCGUAUUUCCUUUUGCUGCCAGCAUUCCAAAGUAGAAGUCAUUACCAUACCAUCACUGCCCAAGAUCCAACGAAACUGCCACUAGCAGAUAGGAUCAUUUGCAAAAUGGGGUUGAUAGUGAGUCAUUUUCCAAAACGGAAAUGUGCAUCAUUUUCUCUUACGGCUCUGCGCCCAAAGACACAGAGAUGCCUAUAGUCUUAACAGUGGGUCCGCUUCGCGCACGGCCUCCAAGAACACUCUCCCAAACAGAGCCAUUCAAUUAAACUAUUGGUCAGCAAUGUACCAAUAAUACCAAAACCACCAAAAUUUCUCACCUGUUACCAGUCUGUUCGUAUAUGUCAGUAUCUUCACACUCUUGACCUACAUCGUGUACCUAGUACUCUGUGUUAUCGCACCGCGCUAUUUAACUUUUGAGCCGUGCAGUUAAAAUGCUUUCGCG